AUGUCAUACGUAACAAUAAGAUCGAACUUUUGUACCAAUUCCUGCCGAUACAAUACAAUCACAGAGAUCAAGCGCAUCAAACUCGCCAUUUGUUAUUCCCAUUGUUUGUCUCGAGAUAUCAUGACCAAAGCUUCCUCGAACAUUGGCAUCAUGGUCUUAAAUACAAACUCCAGUGUUGUUUGCAAGGCACCAUUUGAAGUACCAGCUUGUGAAUUCUAUGAAAGAAGCGCGCUUUUCCAUGGCGGAGACAUGGUCCGCGUCAUUUUAGGGCCUUCCAAAGAUGAGACCGGCAAUAAAGAACGAGUAGUGCCUCGCACCGUUCUAUGCUAUUAUUCGAAAGUCUCUGAGGAGAAACUCAGGUUGUUUCGAAAUAAAAGUGACGGAGACUCCGUCGAUGCCAAUGGUCAAGACCACAAUAAUGCGGUAAUGGACUUGAAUGAGUGGGAUACCGAGACUUUCGAUAUGGCAAUUCAGUGGAUGUAUACUGGCAACGUCAUCAUCGAUAUCGCGAAACCUAAACCUUUUGAUGCAAUCCGAUUGUAUAUUCAAUUUUUCAAGAUUGCAAAGGCCUUAGAACUCAAGGGCUCUUACUCGAAUGUAGAAAGAAACCUUAAAGCUGAACUUGCCGCCGCAUCGGAAAAAGAAUAUGACGAAGACGACGAGGAUGAGGACGACGAGGAUGAGGACGACGAGGAUGAGGACGACAAGUCUCCUGUCAUAAGCCCCGCGUUAAAGGAAAUACUGAAAGAUGCAUUUGCAUAUCCCCUUGAUAGAUGGAUCCGAGAGCUCCUGGCGAGCUUUUUGCUCAAGCCGUAUGUAAAGCACUUAUUAUGCUCCAAUACUGAUGCAACGAAAGCCAAGGAGUUUAAGAAGUUAUUCAAAGAAAUUGAAGGUCUUGAAUUGGAUGUUCUGAGAUUGGUUAGUGGAUCGUUGAGUAGUCUUUCGAUGGGUAAAGUGGACGGUGAGGGAUAUUCGACGUCGACGAUGUGGUGUCCGUUGACGGAAUUGAGAUUCGAUACUGGUAGUAUGUAUAAGGUUGGACAGUCUGUGAAGAAGGCGAAGUCGGGUGAUACUUGA